AUGAAGUUCAACAAACAACUAUGCCUUAUAGCUGCCACGACUAUCGCUUUCGGUCUAGCCGACACCCAAUCUCCACUUUCGCGUCAAUUGCCGAGUAUUCAACAACCGUCGCCGUUACUUGAGCUACACAAAUCCCUCGUCGAGCAAGCGUCUAUUACAGGUUCGGAAAAGGCCGUCACCGACUAUCUCACGACGUAUCUCGAAGAUUAUGGCUUCACUGUCGAGACACAGACCGUGGCCAAGAAUCGAAACAACAUAUUAGCCUACUAUGGUGACGCAAGAAAGACUCGGGUUCUAGUGACGUCUCAUCUUGACACUGUUCCGCCGUAUUGGCCCUACGAAAGACGCAGUGAUGAGAUAUGGGGUAGAGGCACUGUUGAUGCAAAAGGUAGUAUAGCUUCCCAGGUUAUUGCGGUCCGAGAAUUGCAAGAGAAAAAUAUGAUUAGCACGGGAGACGUUGCACUUCUCUUCGUAGUGGGCGAAGAGACUGGCGGGGAUGGUAUGAAGGCGGCAAAUGAUCUGGGCUUAUCCUGGGAAUCUGUCAUAUUUGGAGAGCCCACAGAGCUCAAGCUUGCCAGGGGACACAAAGGCGGUUUGCGUUUCACCGUCAGAGCAAAGGGGAAAGCCGGACACUCCGGGUAUCCCGAGACUGGUAGCAACGCUAUUGACAGUCUUGUCCGCGGGCUUUCGGUUCUCCAGCAAGCCGAUCUUCCGUGGAGCGACCAGUUUGGUAACACCACCAUCAACAUUGGUAGGAUAGAGGGUGGUGUAGCUCCAAAUGUCAUCCCAGCAGAUGCCUCUGCCAUCGGUAGUGCGAGAAUUGCAGCGGGGACAGCUGAGGAAAUGAAACAUCUAGUCUCACAUAUUGUCGAGGCAAGUAACGCGCACCUAGUUGUCGAGUUUAGUGGAUAUGCUGUCGAUCCAGUACCCCUUGACUAUGAUGUUGCUGGUUUUAAUACCAUUGUCGUCAACUAUGGCACCGACAUUCCAUCUCUCAAGGGAAUCCAUAAGAAAUAUCUAUACGGGCCAGGCUCGAUUCUAGAGGCGCAUUCUGACCAUGAGCACUUGAGGGUAUCAGACUUGGAGGACGCCGUAAAAGGCUAUAAAAUGCUAGUAUCUCACUGCCUACAUCGUUCGUUGGUGGACUGA